GGACGUUCCUCUUCCGGGUCACCCACGGGAGGAGGACGGAGGCGUCGGCGGAGCCUCUUGUGCUGCUCGGAGGGCGGAAGCGGCUCCUGGGAGACAAAGAUGUCAAUAAGAGCACUUUGGAAAACUGAGAAUAAUAAGCAACAUUGGAAAAGAAAGCGAAGCCACACGGAAAUCAAAAUAUUUUCCAUUUCCUUCAGAAAACCACAAAUUUCUUCUCCUUUCCCAGCAGUUGAGAGACAAAGGAAAGAAAAUUAAGAGGAGAUUUCAAGCUAGAAAAAAGCUAGAAAAGAUUUCAAGCUGGGAAACUCAAGAAUACAUUACAUGAAAGAUCAAGGGAGAUUAUAUUUCAUUCAGAAAAAGAGGGGUAUCUCUGGAAAUGAGUGGGGAGAAAAAGGUCUAUAGGACAGCCACACAGGGCUGACAGUGAUGCAGGCCUGGCCCUGUGAGGAGGAAAACAGCUGGAAUUAAAGCACCAGUAAACAAAUGAUCACACAUAUAUUUGACCCCAAGAAUAUCAGUGUUGGAAAAGCUCCUAUUGCGGGAAAAGUACAGAUUGUAAAUCACAACUGAUUAUGCACGAGAGGAUCCAAAUUGUAGAAAAGCCAAUGGUUUAGUCUGAACAGCUCUCUUGUGGUUCAUCAAAGAACACAUACAGGACAGAUGGCCUGCAAGUGCUUUCAGUGUAGUAAAUACUUUAGCAAGCACAGCAACAUCAGAGGACUCACAACAGGGAGAAACUAUAAGUGCCUAGUUUGAGGGAAAAAUUUCAUUAGUAGAAAUUCCCACCUCAUGAGACACCUGAAGAGUCAUCCCGGGGACAAACUCUUUGAAUGUCCUGACUGUGGGAAAAUUUUCAGUCACAAUUCCACCCUGGUAAUACACCGGAAGACUCACAUGGGAGAGACACCCUUUCCAUGUCCUGACUGUGGGAAAAGUUUCAGUCAGAAUUCCCACCUGGUGGUACACCAGAGGACUCACAAAGGAGAGAAACCAUAUGAGUGUCCUGAGUGUGGGAAAAGGUUCAGUAAUAAUGCCAGCCUUGUGACACAUCAGAGGACUCACACAGGAGAAAAACCAUAUGAAUGUUCAGAAUGUGGGAAAUGUUUCAGUAAGAAUUCCAACCUGGUGUCACACCAGAUGACUCACACAGGAGAGAAACCCUUUACAUGUCCUGACUGUGGGAAACAUUUCAGUAGAAAUUCCCACCUGGUGACACACCAGAGGACUCAUACCCUGGAGAAACCAUAUGAAUGUCCUGUGUGUGGAAAAAGUUUCAGAUGGAAUUCCAACCUGGUAUCACAUCAAACGACUCACACGGGAGAGAAACCAUAUGAGUGUCGAGAGUGUGGGAAAUGUUUCAGUAAUAAUUCCGACCAGGUGACACACCAGAGGACUCACACAGGAGAGAAACCGUAUGAAUGUCCUGAGUGUGGGAAAAGUUUCAGUCAUAUUUCCAGUCUGAUAAGACACCAGAGGAUUCACACGGGAGAAAAACCAUAUGAAUGUUCAGAAUGUGGGAAAUGUUUCAGUAAUAAUUCCGACCAGGUGACACACCAGAGGACUCACACAGGAGAGAAACCAUAUGUGUGUCCAGAGUGUGGGAAAAGUUUCAGUCAGAAUUCCAACCUGGUGACACACCAGAGGUCUCACACAGGAGGGAAACAGAAUGAGUGUCCAAAGUGUGGGAAAAGUUUCAGUCAUAUUUCCAGUCUGAUAAGGCACCAGAGGAUUCACACAGGAGAAAAACCGUAUGAAUGUCCUCAGUGUGGGAAAAGUUUCAGUCACAUUUCCAGUCUGAAAAGACACCAGAGGACUCACACAGAGGACAAACUGUAUGAUUAUCCAGAUUGUGGCAAAAGUUUCAGUCAGAAUUCUGGCCUAAUUACACACCAGAGGACUCAUUCCGAGGACAAAUUGUAUGAAUGUUGAGAGUGUAAGAAAAGUUUCAGUCAUAAUUCCAGCCUUGUGAAACACCAGAGGACUCACACAGGAGAGAAACAUAGAACAUAGAGGUGAAGGGAGACAUAAGAAAAUUGGAUGACAAAAUGGAAAAGAUUCAGGAAUCAAUAGCAAACAAUGAACAAAAAAUAAAUGUAAUAGAGACUAACGUAGAGAGAACCGAAAAGAAACUAGAAGCUGCAGAAGAGAGAUGGGAAAUGGAGAAAAAGGAAUUGGAGGAGACAGUGACCCGUCUUGAGCUAGAGAGAUCCUCUUAUUACUUAAGAUUUCAAAAUGUGGUAGAAAACAGAGAAGAGGAUCUAUAUAAAGUCAUAGUGGAAUUGCUAGCAGAACCCCUAUAUAUAGAUAGACAGGAAUUAGGGAACAGUAUUGAUGAGGCUUACUGAAUUUAUACAAAUUAUGUGAAACAACAUAGACUACCACGUGAAAUUCAUGUCAGAUUCACAAAGAAAUCAAUUCGGGAUGAAAUUUAUAGAAAGACAAGGGAAGACAAUCUGCGGUUUAAAGGGAAGGAGAUCAUAAUAUUAAAACAAUUACCCAAAAGAAUUCGUGAGCAACAGAGGAAUUAUCAAUUGCUCUCUGCUAAAUUGACCAAUCAUAGAAUCAUGUUCCGAUGGUUAAUACCAGAGGGCAUGUUAAUAUCCUGGGAAGACAAAAAAAUAAGAAUAGAUUUGGUAGAAAAGGCGCAGGAAUUCAGUGAACAAAACUUUGGAGAAGAAUUAGAAAAUAGAGAGGAAUUAGAAUCCAAAAGUCAAGAAGAAAAUGAAUCAAAUCGAGGAUCGGAAGAACAGUUAGAGACCGGAAACCAAUACAGAGAGGGUGUAAGAACAAGACAGCAGAGGGGAGUAACACAAAAAAGGGAAGCAGGAAGGACAAAUAAGUAAUUUAAUGAAGGAAGAGAUGAAUCUAAUAUCAAUCAACAUAAAUGGAUUGAAUGCACCAAUAAAACUAAAGCCUGUUAUUAACA